AUGACCCCAUACCUUUCGGGUCUUGGAAUGCAGGGCAUGGGGUUCAGAGGGCCGCACUGUCUAGGCAGUGAUCUCGAAUGCCUGCCAGAAGAGGAAAGAAGACCAUUGUCUCGAGUUCAUGCCAAAGUUUCAACUUCCGAAUCAACCCUUGGAUCAUUAACAUCGUCUCCCCUAAAUGGACGGACCAUAUCUGGCCCAUACACCGAUUCAAUGACGUCGAAGAACACUCGAGACUGUGCGUCCGUGGACAACACAAUAGGCCCUUGGGCAGGACCAAAUUGUCGAGGAGGAUUUGACUUCACUCUUCUCUUCACUGAAUCUUUUCUUUCCAUAGCGCCAUUGGCCAUCGUUCUCUGCGUCGCGCCCUUCCGAAUAUUAUAUCUUUGGAAAAAGUCGACAAAGGUUACACGGAAUUCGUUGCUGUACACCAAAGCAAUUACCUGGAUCAUCUUCUUAGGUUUUGAACUUGCCUUACUCAUAGUCUGGGCGAGUCGCUCAACACAACAAAAUCAAGUAGAGCUUGCUUCAGCUGCCAUCGACUUUGUUGGCGCAGUUGUACUCACUGUCCUUUCAUUCUUCGAGCACGUUCGCACUGUCAAGCCAUCGUUUAUUCUGAACGUGUACCUACUCUUCACCUCCAUUUUCGACAUUGCACGCUCCCGUAGCUAUUCACUCACACCUGAACUAGACCUUCCUGCUACAAUAUUUACGACGCGUCUUGCCAUCAAGAUUCUUCUAGCAAUCUUUGAAGCCAGAGGGAAACGAAAACUGCUGCUACCAGAAUAUGUCGAUUCUCCAAGCGAGACUACGAGUGGAAUCUACAAAAGCGCUUCAUUCUGGUGGCUGAACGAACUUUUCAAGAAAGGGUUUUCGAGCUCGAUAGGUUUAGAUGACCUUUUCCAUUUAGACAAACACCUCAAGGCGGAGUAUUUGCAUGAGGCACUGGGCACAGCAUGGAGUAAAGUGCACAACAGCGGUUCUCAUUCGCUAUUUCUGGCAACAAUGAACAGGCUCAAAUGGCCUGUACUCGCAGUCGUGCCUCCGCGACUGGCCCUUAUUGGCUUUAACUUCUGCCAACCGUUCCUGAUCAACAGAGCCGUUACUUUCUCUCAGCAGAGCACCUCAAGCGAGACGACCAACAUCGGUUAUGGCUUGAUCGGUGCAUACAUCCUGGUCUUUGUCGGAAUCGCGGUAUCCUCGGGACAAUAUAUGCAUUUUACAUUCAGAUUUAUUACGAUGAUUCGUGGCGGCCUUAUCUCAAUGCUUUACAGCAAGGCUACCGAGGUUGCAUUGGUAGACGUGGAUACUGCUUCGUCUAUCACCUUGAUGAGCGCUGACGUGGAGCGAAUUGUUACUGGUAUGGAGACUGGACACGAGCUAUGGGCCAAUACUCUCGAAAUCGCGUUAGCAAUGUAUCUACUGGAACGACAACUAGGUGUGGCAUGCGCGAUUCCCAUUGGUGUGGCCAUUGUGUCCCUAUUGGGCUCCCUGUGCGCCACAAGUCUCGUGAUGCAAAGGCAAGCUCUUUGGUUGGAGGCCAUCGAACGCCGCAUUGCAGCGACGAGUGCAAUGCUCGACUCCAUGAAGGGUGUGAAAAUGGGCGGGUUGACAGAGGUCCUUCGAGAAGACCUGCAACAACUACGCAUCGAUGAGAUGAACAUUUCGAAGAAGUUCAGGAAACUUUUGAUUUGGACUAUGGGCUUUUCCUACAUCUCACCGGUUGUGUCACCUAUUCUCGCUUUCGCAGUAUUUUCAAUCAUCGCACGCAAUGAUAGCGGUAGCGGACUCAACACAGCAACAGUAUUCACGUCUCUUUCUCUUUUUACCCUGUUGACUGAGCCGCUUGGUUCACUUAUCAUGGCACUAUCAGCUCUGAUGGGGGGCUUGGGGUCCUUCAAAAGAAUCCAAGAGUUCAUCUCUAUGAAGCGCAAGGCUGGGGUACGCAGAUUCCCGUCUCCACACGGCAGUAAUCUGGCGUGGGUAUCAGAUGUAGACAGUGAGUCUGAAAAGGACUCCGACACAUCACAUAAGAGCCGCUCUUCGUUGGAGUUGAAAGAACCAAAUCUACUUGGCAACCAGGCCAUAGUUAUUGAAAACGGGUUCUUUGGGUGGGACAAGGCAAAUCACAAUACAGGCAUCUUGCAUGCGAUCAACAUGAUCGUGCCACGCGGAAAGAUUACCAUGGUCGUGGGACCAGUAGCGUGUGGCAAGUCUACUCUAUUAAAGGCAGUUCUGGGAGAGCUGCCGGUAAUGGGAGGGACCUUGCAGGUGUCGUCUUUGCGCAUCGCAUUAUGCGACCAAACUGCAUGGCACGUGAACGGCACGGUUCAGGAGAGCAUUAUCGGUGUCUCAGAUUUCGACCAGCGAUGGUAUUCGUCGGUCGUUCGGAGUUGCGCAUUAGAUGAAGAUCUACGCCAACUGCCCCAAGGAGACCAGACCCAGAUUGGCAGCAAGGGUAUCGCAUUAAGUGGUGGUCAGAGCCAACGCAUAGCCCUUGCCCGAGCAGUGUACGCUCAGAAAGACAUCAUCAUCCUCGACGACUGUCUAAGCGGACUUGAUGGACAGACCGAGAAUCGUAUUUGGCACGGUCUGUUUGGUCGCGAUGGCUUGCUGAAGCGAUGCAGAACAACUGUAUUGAUCGCGUCAUCAUCUGCAAAACGCCUUCCUUAUAGUGACCAUAUCGUUGCUCUUGGUGGCGGGGGUACAAUCGUAGAACAAGGUAGUUUUGCGAAACUCAAUCUCUCGGGUGGCUAUGUUUCAGGGUUCGAUCUUCCACCCCCUGAUUGGGACUACUCGCCGGAAAAGCACGUCUACGAGGCUCCCCCAAAGUACACGGAACGUCAAGUAUCGGACACCAAGAUUACUGAGGAUGAUAUCCAGGCGGAAGCGAAUCGCAGAACUGGUGACACGGCCAUCUACCUUUAUUAUAUCAGAAAUGUUGGAUGGAUCCCGACAUUGAUCUUCAUGGUAUCCAUAGUCAUCUUUAUCUUUGGCAUAUCAUUCCCUUCGAUUUGGGUGAAGAUGUGGGCUGAAUACAACGAAGAACACCCGAAUCAGCGUCUUGGUUACUAUCUCGGUAUUUAUGCGAUGCUAGGUGGUCUUUCUCUCUUCUUCCUGAUUGUCAGCUGUUGGCAACUCAUCAUUACCAUGGUCCCGCGCUCUGGAGUCAUUUUCCAUCAAAAGCUCCUGGAUACUGUUCUUGGAUCGCCCAUGUCCUUCUUUUCAACUACUGAUAGCGGAGUGACAUUGAACCGCUUUAGCCAAGAUCUUAUGCUGAUUGAUAUGGAGCUGCCCGUCGCAGCAUUGAAUACGUUUGCAACAUUUGUUCUAUGUAUUGGUCAAAUGGCUCUUAUUGCUGUCGCUGCGCCUUUUGCAGCGAUAUCAUUUCCAAUCGUUGGUAUUACAGUAUACUUCAUCCAGAUGUUCUACCUUCGAACUUCGCGUCAACUUCGUUUCUUGGAUCUCGAAGCCAAGUCGCCACUGUACAGUCAGUUCACGGAGAUUCUCAACGGACUGCCUACGAUCCGUGCGUUUGGCUGGCAAGGCUUUGUGGAAGAAAAGGCGAAAGCGCUACUUGACCGCAGUCAGCGUCCCUUUUACCUUCUCUUUGCAGUUCAGCGCUGGCUGACCUUCGUGCUGGAUCUGGUAGUGGCUGGUGUCGCUACAAUUCUCAUCAUCCUUGUGGUCGCGUUGAGAGGUAAACUCAGCGCUGGCUAUGUCGGGGUUGCGCUACUCAACGUCGUUCUGUUCUCACAGAGUAUCAAGUUGUUGAUCUCGUUCUGGACACAACUUGAAACGCACAUUGGUAGUGUGGCAAGGAUUAAAAACUUUACGACUGAUGCGGUGACUGAGUCUGAUGAGAGCGAGGAUAGUAUUCCGCCUCCCAAUUGGCCAAGCGCAGGUAAAAUUGAAUUCAAGAAUAUCGAGGCUUGCCACAGACUUGGAGAGCCUGUCAUCUCUAAUUUUUCUCUGUCUAUUAAGCCAGGCGAGAAGGUCGCCAUCGUUGGCCGCACCGGAAGCGGAAAAUCCUCCCUCGUCCUCACCCUGUUCCGCAUGAUCGAACUCUCCGCCGGAACCGCGACAAUCGACAACUUCCCUCUCCACCGCAUCCCCCGCCAAACUAUCCGCUCCCGCCUCAUUGGCCUCCCCCAAGACGCCUACCUCCUCCCUGGCUCAAUCCGCCUCAACGCUGAUCCCACGCGACAAAGUCACGACAAAGCCAUAAUGCAGGCCCUCAAAGACGUGCAGCUUUGGGACAUCAUCAUCGCCAAAGGCGAUGCAGACAAAUACCCCCACCCUCUGGACGUCCUAGUGGACGACCUACACUUCUCCCACGGCCAACGUCAACUCUUCUGCCUCGCGCGCGCCAUGCUGCGCAAAGACAAGGCUAGCAUCGUCAUCCUCGACGAAGCAACCAGUAACCUUGACGCAGCCACCGAUGCUCAUGUUCAGCGCCUCCUGCGCGCCAAGUUUCCUCACCAUACCCUUGUUGCGGUCGCGCAUAAACUCGAUGCCAUUCUGGACUUUGACAAGGUCAUUGUAAUGAACUCGGGGCAGAUGGUCGAGUACGGUCGGCCGUACCAGUUGUUGGAGCGCCAGGGCAGCUGGUUUAGGAGUCUGUAUGAGGAGUCUGGACGUGAGGAGAAUUCGGGGGAUGAUGAGGGUUUGGUUCGUCGGCUUUGA